UAAAACUAAACUAUGUUCGUAAUAAAAAAAAACAAUAAUUACUUAUUGUUAAUAUAAUUUUUUUUCUUUUAUCUACUCGGACCAAUACUGAUUACAUAUUUGCUAUUUAGUAUAUUAUUUUAUUUUAUUACUAUGUGACCGAUGAUUUCGCAUUAUAACGAUCGAUGUAAUAAUAUUAUUGUUGUUGUGGCUCCCUAUUGCCGUGUAAAUAACUGUGGACUGUGAUCACGACUCAUCAAAACGACGGGCUUCUAACUUAAGUCAUGUCUCGGCUAGCGGAUUAUUUCGUGGUCGUAGGCUAUGACCACGAAAAAGAACGUAGCGGGACCAGUAAAGGUAUGAUUAUCCAGAGAUUUCCAGAAAAAGACUGGAAUGACACUCCUUUUAUUGACGGAAUUGAAUGGUUUUGUCAACCUCAAGGGUGGUCUUUGUCAUCGGAACGACAAGAACCUAGGUUUUUUGUGUUUGUUCUUACUGAUGUAGAGGCUGAAAGACAUUAUUGUGCUUGUUUAUGCUUUAAUGAAACAGURUCAAUUACACCUAGUAAACCUGUUGAUGAGGAUGGCUCACCUAUGGACGAAUUUGGUAUAGCAGCAGCUCUCUUGCCUUUAGCAACAGCAUUUUGCCGUAAACUUUGYACUGGAGUGAUUCAAUUUGCAUACACAUGUAUUCAAGAUCACCUAGUUUGGAAAAAUCAAUUAUUUUGGGAAUCUGCCUAUUAUUUAGAUGUUSAAAGGGACAUCAAAUCUCUUUAUUCCGACAAUAAUCUCUCAAAUCAUAAAAGAUCUUCAUCAAUGAAUCUAUCUAGUCCCCGUGAAAAUCAUAAUAAAGAUAAUAUUUUAAAUGACAGAUUUAGUCGUUCACAAGAACUAUCUGCUUUAGAAAUAGCAGCUGAACAAAUGAGGUUACGUCCAUCUAACAAUUCUGAUAAACUUAAGGAAUAUAUAUCAAGUGAAGAAUCAACACUGUACAGUCAAGCUAUUCAUUAUGCUAAUCGUAUGGUGUAUUUACUUGUUCCGUUAGAUGUAGGAGGAAAUAAUAUUAAGAGUUCUUCAAAUCAUCAAUCAUCAAACAAAAAUAUUGAUGAUGAAAGAACAUCUAACAGUAUAACAAAUAG